GCUUCUCUCCGAGUAAAACCAGCCCAUGAGUCAUGACAAGCUAGGAUGACAUUAUGCGGGUGGUAGGGACAAAGUUCUUUUUCUACCCGUACGGCAUUUUGUGACUUUGAGCGAUAACGAUCUACAGAUUGAAGCUCGAGUUAAUUUUAAUUUGUUCCCAGGCUGUCCAGGUAUUAUCAGGGCAGCUACAUGGGGAUGUGGGAAGGGUUGAAAGCGCGGGAGGCACAUCGCGGGUUACCGGUAUGGUAGGGUGCCGCUACUGUGACCUGUGUGCUCGGAAGAUAGCUGUAUUCGGGGGUUCCCGGAACCCCACCCGGCCUGCAAAACCCACUGCAUGCCGUGCCGCGCCAAAUGGCGGGAAUGGCAUAGUCUAGAGGGGUUGACCGGGUUGUCCGGAGGACUAGGUCGGCGUUUCCCUGUGGGGGACCCAGACGGUUCAAUUCUAUUCUUCUGGUUGUCUGAUGUUCAAACCAAAAUACAAAAGGACCGUCGAUAGCUUUGAACUGCCAUACCAUUCUUCAUCAGCUUAAUUGAUCGGAUUAAUUGGGGUACCACUUUCCCUGAUACUUCCCUACCAAUUCCGGCUAACCACCGUCAAAGAACUAUUAGCUUCACCACGAGAACAUGGCUGUCCAAAAAGCGACCUACAAACGCCUCGGGAACUCCGGCCUCUCGGUCUCAGUCCCUAUCCUGGGAACAAUGGGUUUCGGAACCUCCCAAUGGCUGCCCUGGGUGAUUGAAGCAGACCAAGCUUUACCCAUCCUCAAAGAAGCCUUCGAUAGGGGGAUAAACACCUGGGACACAGCAGACGCCUACUCCAAUGGCCUCAGCGAAGUUAUCGUCGGGAUAGCCAUCAAGAAAUAUAACAUCCCACGAGAGCAGUUGGUCAUCAUGACAAAGUGCUACUUCCCCGUCGGCAACACCCCUGAAUCCCGCGCUUUCUGGACGCGGGAACCCGGACAGGUGCCGGACUUGGUGAACCGCGCGGGGCUUUCAAGGAAGGCGAUUUUCGGAGCUGUGGAAGCUUCCUUGAGGAGAAUGGAGAUUGAGUAUAUUGACUUACUACAGAUACAUCGUGCGGAUCCUGGGACCCCGGUGAGGGAAACGAUGGAAGCGUUGCAUGAUCUAGUGAAAGCCGGAAAGUAUGCCUCCCCCAUCCAACACCCUCUACCCCUCUCAAUCCGUAACUAAAUUCCCAUUAAAAUAGAAUCCGUUACAUCGGUGCCUCGACCAUGAGGACUUGGCAAUUCGCCCUGUACCAGCAAUGCGCCCACCAAUACAAUCUAACACCCUUUAUAAGCAUGCAAUCCCAAUACUCCCUCCUCUACCGUGAAGAAGAGCGAGAAAUGAUACCAUAUUGUAAUGCAACGGGGGUAGGCCUAAUCCCCUGGGCCCCGCUCGCUCGAGGAUACUUGGCGAAGCCGAACAUCGAGACAACGAUACGAGCGGCGUGCGAGCCGAAUGGUAGCAUAUUCGGAGUGGGCAAGAGUGAGAGCGAUAAGGAGAUCAUCAGGCGGGUAAAGGAGGUGGCGGAUAGGAAGGGGUGGAGUAUGGCUACUGUUGCUAGCGUGUGGGUUUCUGAGAUGGUUACCGCGCCGAUAGUGGGUAUGGGGAGGGUGGAGAGGGUUGCGCAAGGGCUGGAGAUUUGUGGGAAAGUAUUGACGGCAGAGGACAGGAAGUAUCUUGAGGAACCGUAUACCCAGAGGGAGGUUGUUGGCCACGCUUAGGAUUGCAUGUGUGUACGGAGUAUGGUAUGGUAGCAUACGCAAUGGCUGAUCUGGAGAUGUUAGCCUUUUUAUAGGAUUUCUCUCGUUGCAUCUACAAUUCACUAGCCUCCAAAAUGAGCUACACUAGCCCCGUUGGAAACCUUAAAAAUCACAACCAUAGACUAUGGGAGCAGAUAAUCACGGAAAGCCACUCGAAACCCAAACUCUGAACCUGUCCUCCACUUGGUUACCCCAAUCACCUGCAGCUUGAAU